CUCUCUCUCUGUUUUCCCUCAUUCUACAAUCAUGGGAGAAACCAAAGCCACACAAAAAGAAGUCCGGGAUGAAUGGGAGCGCAAACUCGCUUUGUCGGCGCCGUCACGCGAGUUGCUGGAAGAACUAGCCUUGGCCUGCGCCAAAGAGGAUUCACCGUUGGCGACCUUUCAGUACGCGUUUGCCCUGAGCAAAUCAUCGCAAGCUUCCGAAUUGCGCUACGCCGUUUCGAUACUCGAUGGAUUGGUUAAGGACGGAUACGAACACCAAGUAGAUUGCAUGUAUGGAUCCGCCACUGCGCUGUAUUUGUUGGGCGAUCACAAAGAAGCCAGGGCACGCUGUGAGGCUAUUUUGCGAACACAACCUAGUGCUCGCUUUGCGAAAGAACUGCAUUUGGCCUCCAUUGAAGCCGAAGAGGACAAAAAACGUGAGCAACUGAAAACCGCGGCCUUAGGUAGUGUGGGUGCCGCCGCGGCCAUUGGUGUAGUGGCUGGUAUCGCCAGUCUUUUACUGAAAAAGUAAAAUAUGGAAGAGAAUGGAUGGUCGUGUACCAGUUUUGAGGAUUGAUCUAAGAAAGGGUGCGUCCGUGGUUGACACUUAAGGAGGAAAGCUGUGCGCGUCAAACGUGGUGCAUACUCGUUUAGGUUUUCGAUACAAUCUAAAGUAAAUCAGCAAAGGUAAAAGCCAA